UCGUCUGCAAUGCAAUGCAAAUUCGAUUUGCUGUCAAAAUCACUGAUCUACACGCUUGUGUGUCUGUGUGGUGUUUCUGAAACGGUAGAACUCUGGCAAUGAAUGGUAUCGCACCUGCAAUCAUUUCAACAUUAUAAAAGUGCACUUAUUUUGAGUGUCAGUCAGAUGUUAUAGGUGAAAACCAACAGUGAACUUGCUGUCAGAAUGUGCUUGCCAGCAGCCUUCAGCCAGUGCAGAGCCAGAACCGCAUAACGUGACGACUGAAAAACAGACUGACUGCAUGGCCGCGGCAACUACGCUGGGUAGAAUCGAUCGAUGGCGCUUGGCGCAAUAGCCACCAAUAUAAAGGUAAUUGUGGCGACUAUUUAGCCGGGAAUCUGUUGGUCGGACGCUAUACACAACAUGAGCUGAAUUCAGAGGAGGGAUUUGUUAAUUUUCAUCCUCCCUUUUUCAAUCACGGAAUGAUUAUACCAGGAGAAUAAGACUUAAAACCGACACUAUUGUUCCCAUAACUAUCAUGGAUCUUCAGACGACCGGUGUCAUGGACUCAUUUCUUUUUGGUUGCUGUGUGUGAAUGAUAACAUGCCACAGCCAAGGAUUAAUGCUGGAUGAAGAGUAAUUGGAUUAUUCAGCUAUUCAGUUUGUGAAUCACUGAUACUAUUAUCUUGACUAAAUGUACUGAUAUGUUACAUGUCAAUGUGUACAUUAUCAUAACUGUCAGAUCAAGAAUAUAUGUUUGAUCUUGAAUAUCUGACUAACUUACAGGGUUUAUACAGUAUCAUCAAUAUUGUAUCAUUCAGUUAGAUCAUACAAAAUGUCACUAACGCCUUGGGAUUUCAGUGGUCUUGGAAUGGGUUUUGGCCUUUAUCGUCCAAGGCGGCCAAGUUACACUUUUGCAACACAGUGUAGCCGCCAAAGGAGUGAAAGUUACAGGUAUGCCACGAGAAGAGAAACUGACAUUGCCGAACAAUCAGAAGACUUCAUAGAUGAUAUGAUGCGAAAAAAGAGGAAAGCAAGUUAUAUAAAGGCAACUCGAAAAAUGGAUGAAAUUGAAUUGGAUAAUGUUAUUAAUGAAAAUCGGAACCAUGUUGGAAAUGACAGUAGAGUGCAGAAUCAUGUAUGUCAAAAGCAUAAUGUUAAGGAGGUGGUAAUUGAAGAAAACUCUAAAUCACCAGAAACCUAUGAGGACCCUGAAGAGCCCACACCUAGUUCAAGUGAACAAGGCAGCAGCAUUCCAUCAAUAAUAAUGUUCACUUUUAAGAAGAACCUGAUUGUUCUAUGUGCAAGUUUCAUUCUAAUAUUCUCUUCAUUUCGAGCCAUUCAGAAUCUUCAGUCAUCCGUCAACACUGCUUCAAAUUUAGGAAUUAUUACAAUGAGUUGUGUUCAUGGAACAACAGUUCUCACAUGUUUAUUAGCACCUGUAGUGAUCAACAUUUUCUCAGCCAAGUGGUCAUUAGCACUGGGAAUGUUGUGUUAUCUCAUCUGGUUUGGAGCUAAUUUCUAUCCCCGAUUUUACACCUUGAUUCCAACUGCACUGUUUGCUGGACUAGGCCAAGGUAUUCUCUGGACUGCAGAGAUUUCAUACGUCUUGAAAUUAGCAUUUGAUUCGGCAAGGGUUACAAAAGACCUUUUGGAGCAUGAAAUGUUUCGUUUUCAUGGAAUUUUCUUAGCAUGCUUUCAGACAACGCACAUAUGGGGAAAUCUUAUAUCUUCCAUACUGAUUGGUCAAAAACCAAAACCAGUGUCAAGUUUUGGAAAUUUUGGAAAUACGUCCAUGUUCAUUGAGGUAAAGAUUCAAGACUGUGGCGUGUUACAUCGAUGUCAAACGAAUAAAUUGAUGGAGGAGGACAGUGUCAGCAAGUUUUCUGGGGUGCUGUGGAAGUUGAUGUGUUCCUACAUCGUCCUUGGAUUCAUUGGAUUCCUGCUGAUCGUCAUUCUUCUGGACAGGAUCGGGGCACGCAUUGACACAGAGUCUUCAGGAUACCAGAUGUUGGUGGACCAUGUCAGUCAGAUGGUAACCCACAAAACGUUUCGUCUGCUGAUUCCUCUGCUAAUUUUUACUGGCCUACAACAAGGAUUCAUGUAUUCAGAUUUUAACCAGCACUAUGUGACAUGCACUCUUGGAGAGGAGUAUGUGGGCUACACAAUGAUCACUAUGGGGAUCUGCAGCAUGCUGGGAUCCAUCUUGGUGGCACUAACUGGGAAGCGGAUCCCCCGUGAGGUGGUGCUGGGAUUCGGUGGCAUCAUGCACAUUGCACUCAUGAUCGGAUUCCUUAUAUGGAUACCAGACAACCACCCAGUGUUGUUCUUUGUCCUGGCCGGAGCAUGGGGCAUCUGUGACGCGGUGUGGCAGACACAGUGUAACACUCUCAUCUGUCUAACCUGUGUAGAUGAGCCGGAUAUAGCAUUUGCCAACUACCGCCUGCUCCAGAGCCUGGGCCUCACCAUCGCAUUCUGCUGCGGAACGUUCAUGUGUGUGUCGGCCAAGCUGUACAUGCUGAUGACUAUGUUGGUAGUGGCCAUCAUGUUCUAUGUGCUGGCUGAGUAUCGAGUCAGGCAUGUAGAUGAAGAUGAUGUAUUUGAGGACCACGCCUGAAGACAAUGUCAUCAUCACUGGAAGUCAUAGGAUGCUGAAUAUGUUGGAGCUUACCUAGAGAACUCACUGAUGUAUUCAUUCUUCUUUCUCUGGAUAUCUGUUUUGAGUGCUACUCAAAUACAUUGAUGAGAGAAAAGAAAUGAUGAUAUUAGGGUUAAGUUACAAAUGAGAAUAGCCAAUGUUCAAGUUGGGUUAUGUCAUUGAUCUUGUUCCACCUGUCAUCAACUUGGACAUUUUAGACAUCUCCUCCGAGGUCAGUGGGGUUAUAAGACUGUAUCAGGAUGAUCUCAGCAAUGAUGGCUCUAUAUUUUGGUCACAAUUUUGAUUUAUAACACAACUGUCAUAGCAGCCAUAUUGAAAAGGUUGAAAACUAUUUUGAAAGUGUAUUAGUGAAUUAGUGAAUGUACCCAGUAUAGUGAAAAUGGCUGUGGUGUGGAAACAGUUGUGGCUUGUUUUGUACAUACUUCCUGUUGACUAAUUAAUUACCUGUAGGAUUUUAUUUUAGAAUUUGAUCUAUGUUUAUUUAACACAAUUCAGGUGAGCUACCACGGGGAUUAACAGAUUUAUAUGGAGUAGACAAAUUACACUGACUCCGAUACACAGAACACCAACAAGGUGAUUAACAGGUGUUACAUGGAGUAGACACAUUACACUGACUUCGAUACACAGAACACCAACACAAUGAUUAACAGGUGUUACAUGGAGAAGACACAUUAUACUGACUCCGAUACACAGAACACCCACAAGGUGAUUAACAGAUGUUAUAAUGGAGGAAAAGAUCUGAUUUUAAUGAGAUUUGAUUUUUGCUGAUAACCGGAUAUGAAAGUAUUCGCUUUUCCUGCAGCCGCCAUUGUGUGACGCACAUCAGGUGAUCUGUAAAUCACACAGCAUCUGUGAUGCGGACACAUCCUGGCUGAUGAGGACAGGACUCUAAUUCUGGUCUACAUGAGGACCAAAACUGUUUGGAAAUGGAGUUUCCCCUUUAUUCUAAAGUGUUGCUAUGUUAUUUGUGAGCUAUUAAGAUGACUUCUAGGGUAGCACUGCUGGAAGAUGCAUGCACCUUAGCCCAUUUGGAUUGGGAUCCUCACAAGUGGAGGGAGAGACAGGAAGGGGAUGAUGUCCUCAGCACUGCAAAUGAAAACAUUCAGAAGGGAAAGGGCCAGCAGAUCCUGCAACAAUGCCAGCUGUUCAAGUCCAAACAGAAUAAUUUGCUGCUUGGUAAUGCCACCACUAUGUUUCCAGCUAUUCCAGACAGUGUCUACAAGAUUGCUGCUAUCUUCUCUGAUGACGACUGAUGCAACACGCUGGUGCAGAUCACUAGCAGGGAUCCAGAAACCGGUCUGUGCGCCGGACUUGUCCAACUAGUGAUUCACUAGCCAACUAAAUGUUGUACAAAUAUUAUGCAAAUGUAUUGAUUUGUGUGGUAAAGACAGACAUUUUUUAACUGUUUUUUUAUGCUGAUUAUGCGACUGAAAUAUUUCAUUUGUAUGACGUACAGCCUUGAGAGAUCUUACCUGUGAUGCACUACACAUAGGAGAGACAUUGUGAUGGUGUUGGUGCACCACACGUAGGAGAGACAUUGUGAUGGUGUUGGUGCACCACACGUAGGAGAGACACGAUGGAGUUGGUACACCACACGUAGGAGAGACACGAUGGAGUUGGUGCACCACACGUAGGAGAGACAUGAUGGUGUUGGUGCACCACAGGUAGGAGAGACAUUGUGAUGGAGUUGGUGCACCACACGUAGGAGAGACACGAUGGAGUUAGUGCACCACACGGAGAGACAUUGUCAUGGAGUUGGUGCACCACACGUAGGAGAGACAUCGGAUGGUGUUGGUGCACCACACGUAGGAGAGACACGAUGGAGUUGGAGCACCACACGUAGGAGAGACAUGAUGGUGUUGGUGCACCAUACGUAGGAGAGACAUUGUGAUGGUGUUGGUGCACCACACGUAGGAGAGACAUUGUGACAGAGUUAGUGCACCACACGUAGGAGAGACAUUGUGAUGGAGUUGGUGCACCAGACGUAAGAGAGACACGUUGGAGUUGGUGCAGCACACGUAGGAGAGACACGAUGGAGUUGGUGCACCACACGUAGGAGAGACGAUGGAGUUGGAGCACCACACGUAGGAGAGACACGCUGGAGUUGGUGCACCACAUGUAGGAGAGACAUUGUGAUGGAGUUGGUGCACCACACGUAGGAGAGACAUUGUGAUGGUGUUGGUGCACCAUACGUAGGAGAGACAUUGUGACAGAGUUGGUGCACCACACGUAGGAGAGACAUUGUGAUGGUGUUGGUGCACCACACGUAGGAGAGACAUUUGGAUGGAGUUGGUGCACCACACGUAGGAGAGACACGAUGGAGUUGGUGCACCACACGUAGGAGAGACACGAUGGAGUUAGAGCACCACACAUAGGAGAGACAUGAUGGAGUCAGUUUACCACACGUAGGAGAGACACGAUAGAGUUGGUGCACCACACGUAGGAGAGACAUUGUGAUGGUGUUGGAGCACCACACGUAGGAGAGACAUGAUGGAGUUGGUGCACCACAUGUAGGAGAGACACGAUGGAGUUGGUGCACCACAUGUAGGAGAGACAUUGUGAUGGUGUUGGUGCACCACACGUAGGAGAGACACGAUAGAGUUGGUGCACCACACGUAGGAGAGACAUUGUGAUGGUGUUGGUGCACCACACGUAGGAGAGACACGAUGGAGUUGGUGCACCACAUGUAGGAGAGACAUUGUGAUGGAGUUGGUGCACCACAUGUAGGAGAGACAUUGUGAUGGUGUUGGUGCACCACACGUAGGAGAGACAUUGCUAUGGAGUUGGUGCACCACACGUAGGAGAGACAAUGUGAUGGAGUUUGUGCACCACACGUAGCAGAGACAUUGUGAUGGUGUUGGUGCACCACACGUAGGAGAGACACGAUAGAGUUGGUGCACCACACGUAGGAGAGACAUUGUGAUGGUGUUGGUGCACCACACGUAGGAGAGACACGAUGGAGUUGGUGCACCACAUGUAGAAGAGACAUUGUGAUGGAGUUGGUGCACCACACGUAGGAGAGACACGAUGGAGUUAGUGCACCACACGGAGAGACAUUGUCAUGGAGUUGGUGCACCACACGUAGGAGAGACACGAAGGAGUCGCUGCACCACACGUAGGAGAGACACGAUGGAGUUGGUGCACCACAUGUAGGAGAGACAUUGUGAUGGAGUUGGAGCACCACACGUAGGAGAGACACGAUGGAGUUGGUGCACCACACGUAGGAGAGACACGAUGGAGUUGGUGCACCACACAUAGGAGAGACAUUGUGAUGGUGUUGGUGCACCACACGUAGGAGAGACAUUUGGAUGGAGUUGGAGCACCACACGUAGGAGAGACAUUGUGAUGGAGUUGGUGCACCACACGUAGGAGAGACAUUUUGAUGGAGUUGGAGCACCACACGUAGGAGAGACACGAUGGAGUUGGUGCACCACAUGUAGGAGAGACACGCUGGAGUUGGUGCACCACACGUAGGAGAGACAUUGUGAUGGUGUUGGAGCACCACACGUAGGAGAGACAUUGUGAUGGAGUUGGUGCACCACACAUAGGAGAGACAUUGUGAUGGAGUUGGAGCACCACACGAAGGCGAGACAUGAUGGAGUUGGUGCACCACACGUAGGAGAGACAUUGGGAUUGAGUUGGUGCACCACACAUAGGAGAGACAUUGUGAUGGUGUUGGAGCACCACACGUAGGAGAGACACGAUGGAGUUGGAGCACCAGACGUAGGAGAGACAUUGUGACAGAGUUAGUGCACCACACGUAGGAGAGACAUUGUGAUGGAGUUGGUGCACCAGACGUAAGAGAGACACGUUGGAGUUGGUGCACCACACGUAGGAGAGACAUGAUGGAGUUGGAGCACCACACGUAGGAGAGACAUGAUGGAGUUGGUGCACCACACGUAGCAGAGACAUUGUGAUGGAGUUGGUGCACCACACGUAGGAGAGACAUUGUGAUGGAGUUGGUACACCACACGUAGGAGAGACAUUGUGAUGGAGUUGGUGCAUCACACGUAGGAGAGACACGCUGGAGUCAGUUUACCACACGUAGGAGAGACACGCUGGAGUUGGUGCACCACACGUAGGAGAGACAUGGUUAUUGAGUUGGUGCAAUUCACAUAGAAGAGACACAACACAGCUAUCUGUAAGUGGCUAUCCUGUAAAGCUGCUGAGAGAUUUUGCAAUUGCUAACUGUUGUAAAUGUUUGUGAAAUACUGACUGGGUGAGUCACUUCCUAAUGUAACAGUCUGUCAGGUGCCAAGUGAAUACUGUAAGCAGCUGAUGUUAUGUCUGUGACAUGGAUAAUUUGCAGGCUGUUAAAGUGUGUAGCUACUUUUGAUGACAACCAAUGUUUUAUAUAUCUGUAACAUGACAAUAUGCAGUUACUUGUGACAUGCCAUCACCUCUGAUGUUGACAAGAAUGUAAAUUCCGACUUCUCUGCCUCCUUGACCUGUGAAAGGUUGGCAACAAUUGACAAGACAGAAUAUUCAUGAACUAGCUGGUGUCAAGGUUGAAAACACCACCACUCUUCAUCUCUGAAGACUGGACACAGUUAUCAAACUGACGCGCCAAAUAAUUUACUCCCAUUUUGUUUUCUGUUGUGUAAUGUUCCUGGAGGUGCUGCAUGAUGGAUUAGCUACUGUGAGAAACACACCACGUUUUCAGAGAAACUGCCAUUUCUCUACAUGAAAGACUAAGCCCUGAUCCUGGAUAGUGAUGUUAUGUCUAUGUGGAUUCACUGUCCAGUCUGCGGGGUUCACCCUUUUAGGAAGCAUUUGCAAUGGAAUGGCUUCUUCAAAGUGUUGUGUAAAAAUACAUGUGAUGUAUUGGGCCCAUCAAAAGUAAGCACAAUAGGGACAAUCAUUGAUGCUUGCUGAUAACGGGUCAGUAUGCCUGUGCAUAUUAAGGGCACAUUUUCUCACACAGAAACAUCAAAGCCAACUUAAUGCCAAGAACAGGUGAGUUAACAACAGUUGCAGAAUGUUGAAAGUGGAGUGUGGCAGGGAAGGAGCUUAUCAGCCAGCAGGGCUGGGCUGAAACCAUGGCUCUGUCUCAAAUACAUCAAGAUGUGGAAAAUGGAGCUGGUUUGUGAAAUAUUGUCAUCAUUUCUAGAACUGAAAUGAUCUGUAUAUUGGUUGAGUAUAUGAGCAUGGUGAGCGAAGUCUGAGCAUGGUGUAUAUGCUUUUAUAACAAUGUUGAUGGGGGGUAUUAUGAUACAAAUGUUUGUAAAUAUGACAUUUGUCAAUUUUGAAUCAUAAUAAUUGUUGCACAGAAUAUUUAAUUUCCAAGGUAUCCUCACAUUUCAUUCCAUGUUUGCAAGUCAGAGUUCAAGUUUCUCUACUGCUGGAGCGUCUUUCUAUAUUCAGCAGCAUCAAUAAGUUCAGUGUUAACUGUUUUCUGAAAUUUGAUCCAGAGUGUGCAAUUUAAAAUUAAGUUGAAGCUGACAAUAUUGUUGCAUGUUCAACAAGAAUUAGGUACAGCAUUAUUUCUCAUGGUAUUAACCCAAAUUGCAUUUUUUUUUGUGUAAAAUUCUGACUGAGUAGAAAGAUCAACAGCGUUUAUGUGACUUUCUAAACUUUCAUCAUCAUUCUAUAUUUAGUCUUCUAUUUCCUAAUGUACAACACAGAUAUAUGUUAGACAAGUAUUGUAGUAUUAUACAAGAUGCCCUUUCUUAAACUUGCUGUACAGAGGAAAAGAAAAGUUUUCAUUGCAAUAAAGAAUAAGCAUGG